GGCAUAGCCGAACAUUUAACGCCAGAGCCGGAACAGCCCCGCCAGUCGUCAAGCAGGUCAUCACCCCGUUAAUUCCUUCCCGGAGGGGAGCUCCGUCCGACACACCGGCUGGCGAGCCGUCCCUGCGGCCCUCAGCUCCUCUUUCCUCCCUGAGUUUGCCGGGAGCGUGAAAGAAGGCUCGGGGUCGCGCCAAACCCCUUCUGCUUCUGCCCAUCGCAAGUGCCACUACCGCCAUGGGCCUCACCAUCUCCUCUCUCUUCUCCCGUCUCUUCGGCAAGAAGCAGAUGCGCAUUUUGAUGGUUGGGUUGGAUGCUGCUGGCAAGACCACCAUUCUGUAUAAACUGAAGUUAGGAGAGAUAGUCACCACCAUUCCUACCAUUGGUUUUAAUGUGGAAACAGUAGAAUAUAAGAACAUUUGUUUCACAGUAUGGGAUGUUGGUGGUCAAGAUAAAAUUAGGCCUCUCUGGAGGCAUUACUUCCAAAAUACCCAGGGUCUUAUUUUUGUGGUAGAUAGCAAUGAUCGUGAAAGAAUUCAGGAAGGAGCAGAAGAGCUGCAGAAAAUGCUUCAGGAAGAUGAGUUGCGAGAUGCUGUGUUGCUGCUUUUUGCAAACAAACAGGAUUUGCCGAAUGCUAUGGCUAUUAGUGAAAUGACAGAUAAAUUAGGUCUUCAGUCUCUUCGUAACAGAACAUGGUAUGUUCAAGCCACUUGUGCUACACAAGGAACCGGUCUGUAUGAGGGACUUGACUGGCUGUCAAAUGAGCUUUCAAAACGUUAAUUGAAACUGGAUAUCUAACCAAGGACAUGUUUGAUAGAAUUGGUCUAGGCUUGUUACAACAAAAUUAGUUUGCAUCUUGGUUAUUAAACAGUAUGUGGGACUGGUUUGGGCAGAAUAUUA